AUGUCCAACGGCAGCAACUCACCACCUCUCCACUCACCGCCUGCCACCGACUGCCGGCGUGCCUCGGUCACCGGCCAGACCCUCCAAGACCUCUUUGGCCGCUCCAACAGCUACGUGGGCCAACAGGCUGGCUACUCUGGCCCCAUUGCCUCUGCAGCCGUCAACGCGCAACGGCGACGACUCUCCCUUACCACCAUUGGCCUAUCAGCUUCGCCCAGCCAAACGUCACCCUUCACGAUCCCGCGGACCCGCACUGAGAGCAUCUCUAGCGCCAACUCCGGCUCCGUCGACGAGAGCCCAUUCGAAGACGACUAUGCCCCCUCCACAUCAGCCACCAGCAGCAACCCAGCAACCCCCUUUGCCCGUCGCUUGAGCUUUGGAGCUCGUGCUCUGCGCGAUGUCAGGCAGGGCAGUGGAAGCGUUGGGAACCCAAAUGGUAGACCCUCCAUCCAUAAAGCAUCCUCUCCCCCGACUGGUCGAGGUCGAGGUCUGUCUUCAUUAUCGCACUCUCUGCCCUCAGCAUCAUCACUCUUGCAUCCGUUUUCCCCUUCUGGCACUUCGCGGCGAUCGCUCUCCAUUUCAUACCUCUGGCCGUCCACCAUCACUGAGCAGCCUGAAGUCAUCUUUGAGGACUACUCGCUAACAUCGUCUUCAACAGGCGAAGGCUAUAAUUUCGCGGAGAACCUACGCACCCGAGCUGAGCGAGGCUCCAUGUCCGGUCCCUCCCCUGGCCUGAUGGGCCCCCACGGCGUCUCCCACCAGCGAGCCAAGAGUGUGGCCAUCAUGGAGCCGCCCGUCCGUGAGAUGCCCAAGCAGCCCAAGGUUCCGGACGCCAUGCAGGAGCGAAUCUUAAAGGGCGAUUUCUACAUGGAUUAA